CCUCACAUCCAACAUGGCGGCGACCGUACGGAUGUGUAGUGCCCUCCGCAUCACAUUCGGAGGUGUAGCACCUCUCCGUACCAUCGUACCAGCAGCUCAGGUAUCCCAGUUUGUGAGUCGAGCCUCAGGUGCCUCUCUCCAAGGGAACCCUGCACUUCCACAGUCCCCUGCCACAGCAUGGCAGCAAACUCGCCAUGGUAGCUUCUUCAAUAAGUUGACAGCUGAUGAGCUUUGGAGAGGUGUUUUGGCAGAGACGGGUUCUGGAGGGAGAAAGGGCAGAGGGAAGAGAACCAAGCGUAAAAUGAAGACAGACUUGAACCGAGGACAAGUCCUUGGAGAAGGUCAAGGUGGUUUUCUGUGGCCUGGUCUGAACACACCUGUGGUGAAGGAUGGCAAUCUGCAGAGCAUGGGCCGAAGAGACGAGGCUGAGCAGCAGGAGGUGCAAGCGGAGAUGGUUCGUCAGAGGGAUGAGUGGGAUAAGAGGAAGAAGACGAAGCAGAAGAGGGAGAGAGGAUGGACAGGAAACUCCAUGGGAGGCACCAGCCUGGGACCCCCUGACCGUGGACCCAAUGGAGAAACCUACGAGGAUUUUGAUUCACGUGUCAUUGAGGUGAAGGCUGUGUUUAACAUGACGGCCAAAGAGGGAAGAAAGAGGUCGAUUAGCUGUCUGGUUGCAGUGGGAAAUGGCAAAGGAGCUGCAGGCUAUGCUUUGGGUAAAGCAGGAGAUCGAAAUGCAGCUAUGAGGAAGGCCAAGAACAGAGCAAUCCACUACUUAUACUAUAUAGAUCGAUACCAGGACCACACCAUUUAUCAUGACAUUGAGUCCAAGUACAUGAAGACAACGCUGCGCAUGAAGAAGCAAAGCGAAGGUUAUGGUCUGCGCUGCCACAGAGCCGUCAUCACUCUGUGCAAGCUGAUCGGCAUCAAGGACAUGUACUGCAAAGUAGAGGGAUCGAUCAAUUACCUCAGCAUCACCAGGGCUCUCUUCAGUGGAUUGGCCAAACAGGUAACACACCAGACUCUGGCUGACAAGAAGAAGCUCCACGUCGUUGAGUAUCAGUCACAGCGAGGCCCCCUCCCCAUACUCGUAGCGAGUCCUAAAGAUGGGGCACGACCCGACCCGGAGCCAGAGGACGAGAUUCCCGACACUCCGCUGCACUGGGAUGACGUUCGAGCCGCGCAGGGAACCAAACGCUCCGUCUGGGCGGGAGUCAAACGCACCGUCUGGUAGGACAGGAGUGUGCUGCUGAUGACUGAUCAGACAACACUGGACAGAGAAAGGCCAGAGGAGUCUGAUAGAAGGUCUAUUUUGGCAUCAUGGACUCAAGUUGCAUCUUUUUCUUACUCAUUAAAAAAAACAUAAUUUAUCCGGCACACCUCACAAAGGUAAUAUUAAGACUCGUUCAAGUAUGAAAGUCCUAGAUAUCAGUGUUUCCUUUAUAAACGUGGUAAUUGUUCGAGUUCAAUAUGAAUAAAAUAUAAACCUUUAAAAACA